AUGACAUCAGUCCGUGGCACGGUCACAAAGGUCUCCAACAACAUUGUUGGCUACGUGUACCCCCGCAACCAUAACCUCAUUGCUGUUGAGAGGCUCUCUCGUGGUCAGCAGAAUGGCAACACUAGCACGAAGCGCAUUAGGUUGGAGGUUGUCGAUGAUUUUGCCGAUGAGAGCUUCACUACCAAUACGGAUUUAACCAAAACCAAUCUCAAUUGGGUAGAUGAAUCGACACGGAUCGCUCACUGGCAUCACAUAGCCCCUCUCGUCCGCACCUUGAGGCGUAUUUGCCACCGGAUCGAAAAGAGGCGAUCACAAUCCAGGGAAGGGUCUCCUGUCUCUCGAUUGGACGACCAAACUCAGGAGCAGCAGAUCUACGUCUUCGGUCCAUACCUCGACGCUUUCCGGCAGACUGCUUGGAUACUUGAGAACAUCUACUCUCAUACGUUCUUGGCGGAUCUGAAGACCAACUUCAAGGUCCCUCAGUCAGUCAUGAACUAUACUUUCAGCCCCGAAGAGAACGUCGCUAUUGCCGUGGCCCAGCGCCUAUUCGAGCAUUUCCCUGAUGAAUGCAACUCUCUGCUGGUCGAGGCUGGCGUCCCACGCCGCGUUGUCAAAGGACUAAGUGCCGACUUGGCUGCUCUGGCCAGUCGAAAGCCAAUGCCUGGACUCGUUCAACGGACUGGUUUAGUUGAAAAGGUCAUGAGUUUUUUCCGAGGGCGUGAAAGCUUCGGCAUUGAAGUAUCUGAGGACCCGAUCUCGAGGAUCGACAUUGCAAUGCCCGGCAGCUUCCCAGAUAUCCCGACCAACAUCGAAGUCUCGAACCAGGCGAAACCUUCCAUCAAGGCCCCGGAUCAAAGACAGAUUCUUCCCGCCGAGGAAAUUGCAAAACCAGGAAGUUACUAUCCUCCUGCAAGAACUACGGAAGCGUAUACGUUUGUCAAAGACCAAUUGGCCGACAUCGCAUCCCAGCGCAGAGCUGCGUACAAGAACGCACCCCCAGGCAUGGUACCAGACGACUUGGUCUGUAAACCAAGCCCCAUUUCUGUCCUCAAAAGAGACAACCAGUCUCCUGCCUCGUUGAAGCGACUCCAGAAGUCAAGAGGCCUCAAAAGAGUGCAAUUCUCGCCAUCUACCAAGCAAUCUUCUUCACCGGCGAAAUCGACGAGCUUCCUCAACCGAAUUUUUGGCUCUCCUACCGUUUUCGGAUCGCCAUUGGGACGACACGUUGUUGAUGCCAGCCCUCUGAGCGAUGCCCAAGUUGACGGCUCGUCGGACAGCCCUAGCACUUCGAUGUCGAAUCGGCAGCUAGGUACCGCGCCAAAGUCAGACGAUGUAUCAGAAGAGAGCGAUGGCGACGAAAUCGCCGCCCGCUGUCAACCCCAACUGCUGGAGCAUCUCAAUAAAUCCUUGAAUGGCCUUGAAGCUAAGGGUUUCUUCGCCAAGGACGAAUCCCAGGACUUGUCAUCCCGCCCACCCAGCCCACUUACCCCUCCAACCCUAGCAGGUCUGACCAUCUCGGACGACAAGGAAGAGGAGCUUGAAGAUCUUUCUCUCGCGCUGCAGCUGCUGCUUGACGUCGACGAGGCACGCCGAAGAGAGGAAGAGGAAAAGAAAGCUAGACAGGCAAGGGAGGAGAGACUGUUGGCGACGGGUGGGCUUCGCGUUCCUCAGAGACCUCUGGUCACCUCUUUACCGGCCGAAUGGGUCGAGAAGGUGCAAGCGACGAUGCAAGCCAAUCCCUCGCUGACACUCGCAACGACAGCUGAAAGCGUUCCCCUCAAAAAGCACGACUUCGCCAUGGUCGUCCCACCAACCGUGUGGCUCAACGAUGAAAUUGUCAAUGGCGCAUUGCAAUGGCUCGACCGAUACGUCAAUAUAGCUGCAGGCGCCGUGGACGUGAAGGCACCAAACCGAGUGUGCGUGGCCAUGGGCUCAUUCUUCUACAAGAGACUAGAGGAGAAUGGCGUUCAGAACACUGAACGAGCACUUCGCCGUUACGGAAUCAACAAGAACAACUUCCUCAACCUGGAGACGAUCCUCAUGCCCAUCUGUAAGAACAACCAUUGGACAUUGCUCGUCAUCCGGCCCAAGAAGCGAACCGUCUCGCACAUGGAUUCCUUCAAUCCUGCCGGCUCGCCCACUCAUACUACCAGAGCCUUGAACUGGGUCCAGGCCUUCUUAGGCGGUGACUACAAGGCUAGCGAAUGGAAGGUAGUCAUUCAUGAGGCUCCGAUGCAGACCAACGGAUACGACUGUGGUGUCUUUACGAUCACCAACGGAAUGUGUCUUGCACUUGGUCUUAAUGCCAUCGACGCUUACGCUGGCGAGGACUUGCCAGAACAACGUCUGAGAAUCGCCGGCAUGCUUCUCAACAAGGGCUUCAGCGGCGAAUUUGAUCUCGCCGAUCUCUGA